AACUUCAGCUUCUCAGCAAACAGGCCUCCCAAGUCCCUGCUUCUCCCUCUCGGGCCUUGCUAGCCUCACCAGCUCUAGGACCUGGCCAGGCCUCCUAGGCUCCCUCCUCCACCCCCACCCCUUCUCACCCAUGGAGCCCCUGGGACUGGUCGUGCAUGGGAAAGCUGAACCUUUUUCCGCAGCACUCCGAAGCCUCGUCAACAACCCACGAUACAGUGAUGUUCGCUUCGUGGUCGGUCAAGAACAGCAGGAGGUAUUUGCCCAUCGGUGCUUGUUGGCCUGUAGAUGCAACUUCUUCCAGCGACUUCUGGGCACAGAGCCAGGCCCCGGGGUGCCUAGUCCUGUGGUGCUAAGCACUGUGCCAACUGAGGCCUUCCUGGCAGUGCUGGAGUUCCUAUAUACCAACAGUGUCAAGCUUCACCGUCACUCUGUGCUAGAAGUGCUGACAGCGGCUGUGGAAUAUGGGCUGGAGGAACUGAGAGAGCUGUGCCUGCAGUUUGUGGUGAAGGUGCUGGAUGUGGAGUUGGUUUGUGAGGCCCUGCAGGUGGCCGUAACCUUUGGCCUGGGGCCGCUGCAGGAGCGCUGCGUGGCUUUCAUAGAGGCCCACAGCCAGGAGGCCCUCAGGUCCCAAGGCUUCCUGGAGCUGUCAGCGGCCGCGCUGCUGCCCCUACUCCGCAGCGACAAACUCUGCGUGGACGAGGCUGAACUGGUCCGCGCGGCCCGGAGCUGGGCGCGCGUGGGCGCGGCAGUGCUGGAGAGGCCGGUGGCCGAGGUGGCGGCCCCGGUGGUGAAAGAGCUGAGACUAGCCUUGCUGGCCCCGGCGGAGCUGAGCGCCCUGGAAGAGCAGAACCGGCAGGAACCACUCAUCCCGGUGGAGCAGAUUGUGGAGGCGUGGAAAUGCCAUGCCCUGCGGAGAGGGGAUGAGGCCCGGGGCGCCCCGUGUCGCCGCCGGAGAGGCACCCUGCCCCGGGAGCAUCACCGCUUUCUGGACCUGUCCUUUAAAUGAUCCAACGCCGGGACUCACGGGGAGCCUCGGACCCGCCCAGUCGAGUCUGCCCCAAACUACAGCUCCCGAAGUGCUCGGCGUUUGGAGCGGGCUUCCGUUCCCAGCGUGCCCAGUGAGCCGGGCGCCGGAAGAAUCGUUGUCUGCCACGCGCAGCCUCUUGUGCGGGGUCAAACCCGAGUGGGCGAGUAGAGACGGGGUUUCACCAUGUUGGCCAGCUGGUUUGGAUCUCCUGACUUCAUGUGAUCCGCUGGCCUCAGCCUCCCAAAGUGCUGGGAUUACAGGUGUGAGCCACUGCGCCCGGCUUCAGCUCCUUCUUUCAUUACAUUCCUGCCCCACUGGAGAUCGCUCCCUGAAUGCCCCUCAGACACCACAGGCUCGGUGUGAAAUUGAUCUCCCCAGCUUUCCCCAGCUUUACCUCAUCGUGUUUCUCAUUUCCGUGGGUGCACACGCCAGAAAUCUGGAUCUCAUCCUUGCCUUAUCCCUCUUCCUCACACCUGCCUUAGGUCUCUUUUACCUUGUAGGAGACCUUUCCAGUUGGUUCAGUUCUCACAGCCCCAGGUUCAACCUGUCCUGUCUGACACGUCUCACAGCCUUCCUGCCUUCACUCCAGCGCCCCCUCAAUCCAUUUCCCACAGUGCAACCAGACCAGUCUUUGAUUGUCAGUCCUAUGGGACUUAAGUCCUGGAACAUCCCAUUGACCUCCAGGACAAAAUUCAAUCUAUUUCACUUUCAGGGCACUCAAAACUACUAGUGAGUGGUUCCUCACCUCUUCUCUCAAAUACGAUCUUUGCAUAAAUUCA